AGAAGUCAAUCAUGGCGGCUGGAGUUGAUAGUUUUGACAACGAGAAGCAGUCAGAUAUCGAGACAUAUGGGAAGGGGCACGUCCUGGAAGAAUUUAAGGAAAUUGAAGAAUUUAAAGGGCUGAUUGCCGGACUUAAAAAUAUCUACAAUGACCAAAUCGCAUUGGAGGUGUCUUGUGAACGUUUUACAUACAUCACUGAUGACUAUCAGGAACAGCCCCACCUGAUUGAUUCUCAUUUGGAAUCUUUGAUGACACAGAUCCUGGAUAUUGUCCGAGAUGUCAAGUCUCCACCAGCUUUGAUUCACCUCGCAUUCAAGUACCUCUACCUUAUCACAAAGAUGAGGGGUUACAAGAUCAUUGUGCGACAAUUUCCACACGAGGUGGCUGAUGUUGAACCAGUCCUUGCUUUAAUUAGCCAACAAGAUCCUGAGGACCAUCAGACAUGGGAAUCACGCUACAUGUUGAUUCUAUGGCUAUCCAUGGUGUGUAUGAUACCAUUCGACAUGGUACGACUGGACAGUAAUGCAGUCAGCGUGUCCGGAGAGAGGCGGCGACCUGUCAUGGAGCGGAUACUUGAUGUGGCCCGAAUGUACCUGACACAGAAUGACAAGUGUAGAGACGCGGCUGCCUACCUCACCUCACGCUUCCUCACCAGACCAGACGUCAAAAAGGAACGACUGCCCGACUUCCUGGACUGGACUCUAAACAUCCUCAUGAACUCUGACAUGACAACAAUGCGAGGAAUGACCCAGGUGACCGGUAUAUUGACCAUGACUGCCCUGCUCUUCAAACACGGCAAAAGGGAGGACCUGCUGGAGUAUGCACCAGUCGUGUUGACAAAGGUUAAUGACUUGAAGGUACGAGACAGCAACAAUUGUGUCAUCAGAAAGAACGGCAUCAAGGUCAUUCAGAGGCUUGGUCUUACUUUCCUCAAAAACAGAGUAGCUGCAUGGAGAUACCAGCGAGGGAGCCGCUCUUUGGCAGAUAACCUCAAACAAGGCUAUCAGCACGAAAAACAGUCGACUGUUGUCACCAACAUCACACAGGAGGACGAGGAAUAUGACAUCCCAGAGGAGGUUGAAGAGGUCAUGGAGCAACUUUUGAGUGGACUUAAAGACAAGGACACAGUGGUCAGAUGGUCAGCAGCCAAAGGGAUUGGUCGAGUAACAGGGCGACUCCCAAGGGAGCUGGCCAACGAGGUCGUGGGGUCAGUGUUGGAGCUCUUUACCUUUCAGGAAACAGAUGGGGCCUGGCAUGGAGGUUGCCUGGCACUAGCUGAGCUUGGUAGGAGGGGCUUGUUACUACCAGAGAGACUUCCAGAUGUGGUUCCCGUCGUGUUAAAGUCUUUGGAAUAUGACGACAAGCGAGGAAACUUCUCGGUGGGAGCUCACGUGAGGGAUGCUGCGUGCUAUGUGUGCUGGGCCUUCGCCAGGGCUUACGAACCUCAGGAGAUCACACCACAUGUUAAUGACAUAGCAACUGCACUGAUAAAAGCCUCUAUAUAUGACCGGGAGGUAAAUGUCAGGCGUGCUGCGGCUGCUGCUUUUCAGGAAAACGUGGGACGCCAGGGUACAUUUCCUCAUGGAAUCGACAUCCUUACGACCGUUGAUUAUUUUGCUGUCGGAAAUAGGUCUCACUGUUAUCUGGAUCUGAGUGUGUUUGUGGCCCAGUAUCCACAGUAUAUUCAGGGAUUGAUUGAUCACCUUGUUCACAUCAAGAUAUCCCACUGGGACAGUGCCGUGCGAGAAUUGACAGCUAAGGCCCUCCACAGACUCACACCAAAAUCUCCAGAGUACAUGGCAAAAACUGUGCUACCACUGUUAAUGCCCCUGACCACUGGGCCGGAUCUUUUCCUCCGCCAUGGGACCAUACUGGCUGUAGCAGAGAUCACACAUGCUCUAGGGAAACUGGUCGCUGAACAGAAUAGAGCUAUAACAGAUGUUAUUGAUGCAGACGUCAUUGAGGGGCUACGAAGAAUCGCCAAAAAGCUGCAUGAUGUCGAACUUUUCCGAGGCAUGGGAGGAGAGCUCAUGAGGAAAGCAGUGACCUGUCUGAUCGAGAAGUUGUCCCUGUCAAAGCUGCCCUAUCAUGGAGAUCCCAUCAUUGAAUUAUGGCAGGGGAUCAUAGAUGAAUGUUUACACUACGUUGAACCAGAAAUCCAGGAAGCGGCCGUGGCAGCCAUUCCAGCGUUCUUUCAGGAGUAUUAUUCAGACAGUAAAGGAGGAGCUAUCCCAGACAAACAAGAAAAAGUAAUAAGCAGGUACCUUGAAGAACUCAAAAGUCCAGUGGAAGUAUCAAGGAAGGGAUAUUCCUUGGCCAUAGGUGCAUUACCCAAGUUCAUCAUGAAGAACAAACUCAAAGGUAUUCUGAGCGGUCUAAUGGGGGCCACUCGAGUGACGGAGAGGGAGAAAAAAUGGGCGGAGUCCCGACGUGACGCAGUCAAGGCUAUCACUGGGGUCUGUAAAUCAGUCGGAGUUGAUAAACAAGGAGAUCCGACACAAGUACUGUGUUCACAAAACAUUCCUGAAGUAUACGACACAUGUUUCCAGGCCAUGCAGGACUACACCCUGGACAGUCGAGGAGAUGUGGGUGCAUGGGCUCGGGAGGCUGCUAUGACGGGCUUACAUGAAAUUACGACUAUGAUUGUCAACACUGAUGCUAGUCUGAUCACACCUGAAAUAAGUAAGAAUGUAUUUUGCUGUCUGGUACAGCAGGCUUGUGAAAAAAUAGAUCGGACGAGAGCUCACGCUGGCAACAUAUUCAAGUGUCUUCUGUAUCACAGACCAGAGAUUCCUCACAUUCCACACAGACAAGUAUUAGAAGAGGUUUUCCCAAGGGAGGAGGCAGAGAAGGUCAACUGGGCGGCUCCAUCAGACACGUUUCCUCUCUUCACAAAGCUCCUUAAGUGCCCAGCCUAUCAGUACAGCGUGCUGUUAGGCCUCACUGUCAGUGUUGGGGGUCUUACAGAGUCACUGGUGAUCUACUCCAGUGGAUCUUUAAACGCGUAUCUGCGGACCAUCAAUAAAGACUCGGCACAGAUGUCACAAUUCGUUGACGUCCUCAUGAAGAUAUUUGAAAGUCACAUCAAGAUUGACAGGGUGUCCCUCCCCAUGCUGAAGAUGUUGAAUCAGCUGUUAUCCAAAGGCUGUUUCAACGUGUUUGCAGAGAAUGAAAAUCAGGAAUUUGCCCAGAAGAUUUUAGAGCUGUCUAAAAAAGAAAUAUCUAGGAGUGGGGACCCUCAGAAGCUCAUAGCCAGUGCUGAUGUGUUUUGUGAGCUGUUACAGUUCUGUGCCGAAGUAAAAAGGAAAGCUCUGUUUCAGUUACUGGUAUUGAUGGGACACAAAUACCCAAGGAUCCGCAAAGCCACAGCCAACAAGUUAUAUGAGGCGCUAGUCACUUACGAUGACGUAGCUCCAGAGGAGGGGCUUGACGAGGCUAUGGUUAUCAUCAGUGAGACUACAUGGGACAACGACAAAAUCAAUGAAGUGAGACCAUUUAGAAAUCAGCUCUGUGAUCUGUUGGAGAUACCCCAACCAAAAAUGAAAGCGAAGCCAGACGACGCUAAACAGGCCAUGUCUUGACCCCUUUGUAGUCUUUGAUAGUGUGAGGACAACAUGUGAGGAUCAAGCCAGUCAGAAGGACUUCAUAGAGGUUACAGGAGGUCAGGAAGAUGCAAAGGUCAAAGAAGUUGGACUUAUAUUAUUCAAUAGUGAAGGGACUAUUUCAUGCUUGGCUAUAAUGUCAAAAUGUGUGCAGUAUACAGGAAAAUAAAUAUAUUGUAAAUUCAUAAAUGUUCAUGGGACAUUAAAUUCCGUUUAUUUUGUGGAUAACAAAAAUCCACGAAAUUAAAUCCCCACGAAAACAUCAAUUAAGUAUGACAUAGAUAGGGGGAAAUCAGAAAUCAUCAAAAUAUAAUGUCUUUGAAACAGGCUAGUAUAUAUGAAAACCACGAAAUGUUAGCCCCACGAACAUAAAUGGUUCUACAGUAUAUGACUAACUAAAUUCUGACAGUCUUUCAUGUUUUGGAAUUGAUUUGAUGUCGUAUAUAACUAGAUAUCAGUUUCCUAAAUAUCAUCAGAGACUGUCUUCCUGUGCAAUGUGAUAAUUUCAAUGUAACAUGACAAUUACAUUGCUAACUAAUGUGGCUUUAAUGUAUAUGUACCUGAUGUAAGCCGUACAGUAAAUGUAUAUGUACCUAAUGUAAGCUGUACAGUUAAUGUGUAUGUACCUGAUGUAAGCCGUACAGUAAUUGUGUAUGCAAAUCAAGCUUUGAGUUAACUGUUACUGGAAAUCAACAAUAAAACAUAGAAAUCCA